UUAAAAUAAUAUUUAGUUACGUCAGAGAUGAAUAAUUUUGCUAUGACCUUCAGGUCACCUGAGAAGCAAUAUUUAGAAAUUUGGCUCAUGCUGAGUUUCGGUCUUUUCGUUUCCCACUGUUCAGAAAAUUCUGAGGUCAGAGAUCUGAAUGCAGUCGAACUUCAAGAUGUUUUAAACACUAAUAUUUCUUCAACGUUUUAUCACACUAUCGAAACAAGCUAUUGGAAAGCUGCACGACUUUCCAGGGGAUGGAUUUCAAUAUUUAGUUCAUUUUUUGCAUUUAAUGAUCCAUUUGCAAAAAAUGCACAUCAAUUUCUAAUUCAAUCUAAUACAGGAUGCAACAUCCUUUUCUGCUCCGGCCAAAUACGCUCAUCAAGCGAUAUAACUCUUGCAAAACACUUUGACUCUGAGAAUAUCAGUAUUGGUCAGGUUCUACUAGAUGCAUUUUCUAAGGAAAAGAACGUAAAUGCUGUUGUUAAUUUAAUCAAUUCUUUGAUUGGUUCUUUUGUACUUAUAUUUGUUAGCGUUGAAUCACACAGGGUUUAUUUCACUCGAGAUCCAUUCGGUCGUCAUUCUCUUGUUGCCAGAAAGUUUUCAGGACUACCUAGUGAAUUAUUUUGUAUCGAUUCAGUUUCAAGUAUUGUUAUUCCAAGCCAGUCUUCUUUUCCGGAAAUUAGUUUGGAUUCCCUUGAAAAUGAUGCAAAGGAUUGGUUUGAAAUACCUGCUUGUGGAAUAUUUGUAUCGAAAAUCGUCUGUGACAAUGGGAAUAUUUUUCUCUCAGAUAUUAAUCUAUAUCCUUGGUCUGAACAACAUUUACUUCUGUGCCCUUCAAAUAUCCCAUUUAAAGUUAAUAGAGUUUUGAAUGUAAAUCAAACUCAUUGUAAUAGCCUUUCUACAAAUAUGUGUAUACCCACAACUUUAAAAGAAGUACAACAAAAGUUUUUGGAUUUAUUAUCUGCUGUUAUACAUGAUUCAGUUAACUUUGACUUGCUAUAUGAUACAAAUUACUCUUUCAAUGUAUCUGAUGUAUUGGACGAUAAUCGGUCAGGUUCUUUAUUCGGUUUACUGUUUAGUGGCGGUCUAGACUCAUCUGUUAUCGCAACAUUACUUGACAGGUCUGUCAGUUACACAUCACUUUUUCAUGUGAUAUGUUUUUUCUCCCUAAAUGGGAAUUCAUUUUCAAAUUUGAAAAAUUGCUAGUAUUUGUUGCCACGACAAUCCUUAUAGUUUACAUAAAGUGAAAUAAUUAAGAACUAUUAGUGUAAAAAAUUAAAUAACUAAACAGCUACAUCAUAUAAGAACCUGAAACUGUUAGUGUUACUCCACUCAAUUAUUUCUAAUUCAAUUGGCGCAGCAGGAUAUUGUUUACAUUUUCG